GGCAUGUCUACUGUGUGAACGCACGAGGCCAAACACUAAAGAGCUGCUGCCCUCGAGCUGUCCUCGCACACAUAACGCGGGUUUUUACCGGGGAAACACUCACGCACUGAACCGGCAGGAUCGCGCCGUGUCGCGGCUCUGGUGAUUAAAUUCCUCGCGUAGAGAUCAGCAGCACUGAAGCACCGCAGAGGAGCAGAGAGUCACUGACAGGCGCUCGGCGGGGCGGGAUGGACUACAGUUAUGAUACGGACCUGGAAGAGCUGUGUCCGGUGUGUGGGGAUAAAGUUUCUGGCUAUCAUUAUGGUUUAUUAACCUGCGAGAGCUGCAAGGGUUUCUUUAAGAGGACCGUACAGAAUAACAAACGGUACACAUGUGCAGAGAGUCAGGAUUGUAAGAUUGAUAAAACACAGAGGAAACGGUGUCCGUUCUGCCGCUUCCAGAAAUGUCUGAACGUCGGGAUGCGACUGGAAGCUGUCCGUGCGGAUAGGAUGCGAGGAGGGCGCAAUAAAUUUGGCCCCAUGUACAAACGAGACCGGGCGUUAAAGCAGCAGAAGAAAGCUCUCAUCCGGGCAAGCGGCUUAAAGAUGGAAGCCACGCCCCCUUUGCUGUCAUCACCUCAGUCUGACUACAGCUUCAGCACCGUUCUGUCAACCCCAGCUCCAAAAAACACCCACCCAAACAUCGCCACCUCGGUGGCCCCUACCGAUUACGAACGCAACCUCUACGCAUCCAGUUCCCUGAGCUUAUCCGUCCCCAUCCCGGCCCACACCCCUCUGCCAGCACAAUACCCGACGUAUCCCACCCUGCCCAGCCGUGCCAUCAAAUCCGAAUACCCGGACCACUACACAAGCUCAGAGCACUACACCAGCGCCAGCUCCCCAGAAUCCGUUCCAGGCUACACGUACGUCGACCAGACACGAGUGUCGACCAGCCCGCCGCUCGCCCCUCCGGGCUUAACGGUACCGCCCCUGGUUCUGGAGUUUGUUCGCUGUGAGCAAGAUGAGCUGCAGGUGCAAAGCAAGAUAAGCGCUCACCUGGCCCACCUGCAGCAGGAACAGAACUCUCGGAGCGUGGCAGCCAAUCAGGAACAGAACACACGCCUCGCUGCCAAACAGGAACGGCUCAGCACCUUCGGCCUGAUGUGCCACAUGGCCGAUCAGACGCUCUUCUCUAUAGUGGAGUGGGCGCGGAGCUGCAUCUUCUUUAAGGAGCUCAAGGUGGGAGAUCAGAUGAAGUUGCUGCAUAACUGCUGGAGUGAGUUGCUUGUGCUGGACUACAUCGCCAGACAGAUGCAUCAUGGGAAAGAGGACAGUGUGCUUCUCAUUACUGGACAGGAGGUUGAGCUUGCGUCUUUACUAGCCCAGGCAGGGGUCACUCUGAGCGGGAUGAUACAGAGAGGUCAGGAGCUGGUGCAGCGUCUACAAGAGCUUCAGCUGGACCGCAGAGAAACCGCCUGUCUCAAAUACCUCAUCCUCUUCAACCCUGAUGUGAAACUGUUGGAAAACCAGCCUUACGUGGAGAGCGUGUACGAGCAGGUGAACGCCGCGUUGUUGGAGUACACACUGUGUGCGUAUCCCCAAUUCCCGGACAGGUUUAGCCAGAUUCUGCUGCGCCUUCCCGAGCUCAGAGCGCUCAGCACGCAAGCCGAAGACUACCUGUGCUACAAACACCUGAGCGGAGAGGUGCCGUGCAACAACCUCCUCAUAGAAAUGCUGCAUGCCAAGAGAACCUGCAUCUGACACACACACUCACGCACAUUCACAGGCCAGAUUCCUUCGCAGAUGACACUGUUAUCGACUAGAUGUUUUGCAGCAGACGUCUUUCGCACACAGAAAACCUCAUCAACCAUGCCACUGUGUUUCUGAAAGGAAAGAGGGGAGAUAUCAGUGUUAAUGACUGUAUUUAUGAUCUAGAGUGCAGUGGUGAAGACGCAUUUUUGUAGGCCAAACAGGACGGCAGCAAAAACCCAACAAUUCCAAAUUUUCCAUUGGUUUUUGGAUUAUUGCAGAAAAGAAGUUCUGUAAGCAACAAAAGUUCUCAAUAUUCUCAAAUUAACACAUUUUGAAAGCCUAAAUACAAUAACUAGAAGUAAAAAGCUAAACAUCUUAAAGGGAUAGUUCACCCAAAAAUGAAAAUUACCUCAUGAUUUACUCACCCUCAACCCAUCAUGUCUGUGACUUCCUUCUUUCAGAUGAAUACAAUUGGUGUUAUAUAAAACUGGUGUUAUAUAAAAAUGUAAGUUUUAGUGAAUGAGUGUUGAGAUUUUGAAGCAAAAUAAAGUGCAUCUAUCCAAUGCCUUCUGAAAUGAAUUGAUGCAUCUGUGUAAGAAAAAUAAAAUAAAAACUUUAUAAACGCGUGUACGACAAUUAGCGGAAACUAGAGAUUAUGGUUUACAAAGUUUUAAAUAUAGAUGUUUUUCUUACAAAAAUGCAUCGAUUCACUUCAGAAGGCCUUUAUUAACCCCCCAGAGCUAUGUGGAGUACUUUUUACGAUGGAUGGAUGCACUUUAUUGGAUUUCAAAAUCUCAACACCCAUUCACUGCCAUUAUAAAGCUUUGAAGAGCCAGGACAUUUUUUAAUAUAUCGCCGAUUGUAUUCAUCUGAAAGAAUAACGUCAUAUACACCUAGGAUGGUUUGAGGGUGAGUAAAUCAUGGGGUAAUUUUAAUUUUUGGGUGAAAUAUCCCUUUAAUAUCUUGAGUUUAUUUCAGGCAUAUUAACCAUUUAAAAAACCCACUGACUUCAGAACGAUGAAACUGGAAGUGCUACUGUGUGUAAAAUGCACUUUUCUGGGAUUUUGGCCUACAAAAAUACAUCAUCCCCUUAGCACUUUAUUAAAAAAAAAGCAACAGAUUGUGCCUUCCCUCUCAUUACACACACACGCACACACUGAGAAGCACUUGUUCUUAAAAAAAAACAUCAGUAAUCAAAAGAUCAGGUGAGGCACAGUCACAGCCAAGAACAGCCCACUUAGACAGGAAGCAGUGACAUAUCUGUCAUGACAAAUGAGGUGUUUUAAUAAAUAGGCCUACAAAGUAAAGCACAAAUGAAACGAUAAGCUGAAAUCUAAUGAUUUCCUCAAAAAAGGCCAGUAAACGAGCUAAACAACCUUCAUUAACGCUCCCUUGUUAAGAUUGAAAGCAAGAGGGACAAAGAAAGGGGUAAGGCCUCAUUCAACACAUAGCACACACAUAAUAGCUCUGCCAUAAAACCUAGUGAGCUGCCUGGACAGCAUCAUAUACGCUUCCUAUGAAAUGUUGUAUGGCCAAGGCAGCAUCGUCUGAAGACAAUCCCAGAAUGCACAGUGACAAUAUAUUUCAUGUGCAGCAAAUCAGCAAAUUAGAAUGAUUUCUGAAGGAUCAUGUGACACUGAAGAUGAGUCAAGUCUAGCAUAUUUGUGUGUCACGCUCAAUUGCUGUCUAUAGAUUAUUUCAAGUUAGUCACUCAUGCGGUGCAAUGAUUAGGACACUGCCUACAUAGGCAUCAUAGUAAGUAGACAGCGAGGCAGCGCACUAGGUUUUGGAACAGAGCUCUUAAAGUCUGUACAAGUAGUUAUCAGACACAAUAAAACUAUCAUGUCACCACAAGAUUGUAUGUUUAUAAUGAGCUGAGUGUGUGUGCAUAUGCUGAGGAAAGGGGAGGUAAAUUAGGACUUGCAAUUCUGCCUUAACACUAACACUGUUGAUCCUGUGAAGCUGAGAGAAUCAAUCGGCAUAAAUAACGAUUCAGAUGUGCGUUUGUGUCUCUGUGCGUUCUAAUGUGUGAGUGUGUGAGAGUGUUUGUGUGUGUGACUGUUAAAAAAAGUCAUCUCAAUAUUAAGCCCCUCUCAAGCUUAGGCCAAGCUGAUUAUGAUAUCUCAGCAUGUUUCAUUUUUGUAUAGUGGAGUGUCUGAUUGGUCAAGUUCUCAUUCAUGUAACAUGUUUGUGUUAAUGACAUUUGUUAUGAAUGUGCUUAACUGUAUUGUUUCAAAUGAAUAAAUACAAAUUAUUUAA